UUAGCUUUGUUACUAUGAGCAGCCUCACCUGGGGCUCACCCACACCUGCUGGCACUAAUUAAGAACAGCCCUGGGCAUCUAGAACCUUCUCAGAGCUGUGCUGCUGCUUCUCUAGACGUGUCUCUUGCACGGACCUCAUCUAAGCCAAUGAUGUGCCAAAUAAGGUGCAUCAAAGAGGAUUGCAUACAUGGGCUGCUGCUGAACUGUGAGCUGUUCUCUUUUGGUAACGUAUCUGGAAUCCCACAGUGAUGUACAUGGCGUGUUACUAUCCCCUUAACUGGGAGCUGGAUGUGACGACCCUUGGGGGUCCCUUCCAACUCAGGAUAUUCUGAUUGCUGGACUGCUGCUUACAGCUCUUCACAGCCCUCCUACUUGUUCUUGUUCGCUGCAUCUGUUUGAAAGCGUCUUGAAGAUGAAGUUAUUUCCUGGAGGAAUUCUGAUGGUGCAAUCUGCCCUUUUUCUUUAGCUGAAGAAGGAUGGAGGAAAAUUUCUGGCUUCUGAAAUCAUACAAACUCCCCACUGAUGUCUGCGUGAGAAAAGGAAGAUCUAAGUGAGACACCAUUUUUGCCUUUUUGUCUCUCUGGGGAAUGUCAAGAAAGAAAGAAAACUGAUCCUGAGGGAAUUCAUUCUGGAAGCUUGAUCCAAAUGACAGCUGCCUCCAAUUGCUGCUCUACUCAUUCCUUUGGUUAUUUGGUUCCAGUCGAGACUGGAGGCUUGAUGACAGCCAGAAGUACCAGCAAGGAAACCUCAGAUGAUUCAGGCUACAGCAGCACGGGCACAAGACAACCUGGAUGUUGUGUCAUUCUGGUUUGCUGCGUUUGAGUGACUGCAAGCUCUCUGGAGGCCGGGAUGUCUCCUCACUCUCCCUCACUGAAAGUCAGAGCCUCCGUCACAGAAAGCCAUGAACAUAGAGCCUGAGCCGUGUAUACUUGCUUCGCCCACAGGAAAGCAGUGUCUGCAGCAAGCCAGCAGGGAAACAACCCAAGAUGUAACGUACAGGAAAGGCUGAUGCGAUGAAGUAUGAGGUGAGAACCAAAUGGCCAAAUUCUGUAGCUGGAGCAGGAGCCAUGCUGACUUUUAUGUACCAUAAUGUAAUCCCAAGCAGCACUGCAAAACUGCCAAAUAACAAAAAUCGAGCUGUUCCAUGCACUCGCAUCAAAAUGCUAGCUCAGCAGGAGGCCUCUACGCAGCGCCUGGAGACAACAAGGGACAAAGCUCUCCUGUGCAAUCCAUCCAGGACAGGCUUUGAGCUCAGCCUCUGAAACUGCAAAGCGCUCAUUUUGUUGUCCAUGGAUAAUCCACCAGGCAAAAGCUGGACAUCGCUCUCUUUUAUUCUGGCUGUGCAAUUGCAACGCUCAAAAAGAAAGCUCCUCUGAACUGCUGACGCCUGGACGGGCAGCCCCGAGGCGGGGCCAUUGGGAUUUAUUUAGUUCACUGCUGCACAUGAUGCCUUUAGUGCCACAAACUGCCCUGGAGACAAGUCCUAAUCAUCUGGGGGGUGAUUAUGGUCAAUUCUUCCUCCCCAAACCCCCCAGACACAAAUCAGAUCCAAACUGGAGAGACAGGCAGGCACGGAAGAGGGGACACCGGCACCGCAUAGCCCCCCCGAAGCCAUGUACAGGAGCAGCUUCCUCCGUGAGGUUCGCAAGGAGAAGUACGAGCGCUCGGACGCCUAUGAUGAGCUGCGGGGCUCCCCCGAAUUUGACAGCUUGGCCCAAGCCCAAGGCCUGGAGAACCUGCAGGAAUUCAACGAGCGUUUCGCCAGCUACAUCAACCGGGCACGCGUGCUGGAGCAGCGCAACACCAUCCUGCGCAAGCAGCUGGAGACCUUCCAGCGCAUGGAUGAGCUGGUGGGUUUGGACGAAGCCUUCGCCGGGCAGAUCGAGUUCAACCGCCAACGAAUGCGGGAGCUGGCAUCUGACCGGGCCAAGCUGGAGCGGGAGGAGAAGGAUGCCCAGCGCAUGCUUGAUGAGUACCGCAACAAGUACCGAAAUGAACGUGAAUAUCAGCAGAAGCUAAAAGAGACCCUUGAACGCCUGAAUAAGGAAGCGGAUGAAGCGCUGCUGUGCAAUCUGGAGCUGCAGAUCGAGUCCCAGUUCCUGCAGGAUGAUAUUAAUGCCACAAAAGACAGAUAUAAGAAGAACCUCAUGGAAAUCCAGACCUACGUCAAUAUUUUACAGCAGAUCAUCCAGACAACCCCUCGCGUGUCCCCUAUAACUACUGGCAUAUCCGAGGAAAAACUGGUAGCGGAGAGGAGGAUCCCUGUUCUGCAGAGCCAGCUAGAGGAAUACAAGAGCAUCCUCUGCCAGCUACAGGCUCAAAAAUACAAGCUGCAGACAGAGACAACUAUGCUGGAGCAAACAAUAAAAAACACCCAGGAGAGUUACGACGACGAAAUUCAGCUUUACAACGAGCAGAUUGAGAACCUCAGGAAGGGGAUAGAAGAAGCAGAGAGGACCUUGGAGAAGUACACGACCGACUGCCGCCAGCUGGUAAUCUACCAGCAGUCCCUGGAGAACGAGCUGGAGCGCUACAAGCGCAUCAUUGAGAACGAGGACAGCCGGUUAAACUCUGCUAUAGCAGGAACGCCAGUCACACUCUUCACGCAGAUCUAUAGACCUGUCCAGCCUCAAGCUUCGAGGGGAAGAGAUAUCACCCAGGCUAUGCAAGAGAUUGCCAGUGUAAAGCCCAGACAAAAAGCACUGACAAAGAAACUUUCCAGGAAAAAGGAGAUCAUGUCUAAAGACAUAACUGACGGGCUCUCACCAGAAAAAGUGUAUGAAAGAACUGUGGAAGUUUUUGACCAAGAUGAGCUGGAAUUUAGACAUGAAGGUUUGGUCACAUGUGAACCUGGGCAGGAGGAAUUAGAACUUGUUGAAAAAGAAGCAGUCCCAGAGGACGUACCUGAUGGAGCCCAGAUAAGUAAAGCCUUUGAUAAAUUGUGUAACAUUGUGAGGGAGAAAAUAAGAGCUCACAAGAAACCAGAGGCUAAAGCUGAUGCCCACCCCAAAGGGCGUUAUGUGCUGGUAACAGGGGAGGGAGGCUAUGAAGAACCUUGCAUCUCGACCAUCCCAGCUGUGGGAGGGAUCACAGUUUCGACCAGCAAUGGGAAGGUAACAGUUGGUGGUGAUGUGGAGCCCAUACCAGAGCUGCCCGAACCUGCUGAACCAUCAGAAAAAGAGAAAAGGGACAUCUGUGAAAGGAGGGACGAGUUUGAAACCCGAGAUAAACUGAAAGAGGAGGAGAAAGAAGACAUGUUUGAAUGGGGCAAAAUAAGGGGGAAAAUUGAGCAAGUCACAAAGUAUCCAGACGUCUCUGAGCCCGAGGCAGUUCCUUCCCCGGGUCUGAUCAGCCCAGCUGAGCCAGGAGUCGAGGCAGAGUACGACCGAGAAGAUAAACAGGGCCUCUUGUUCCGGGAAGCAGGCUUGCCUGGCUCCGUGAGCUACGAGAAGGUGGAGGUGGUGGAGUCCAUCGAGAAGUUUUCAGAUGACAGAAUUCAGACAUAUGAAGAGACAGCAAUGAUUGUGGAGACGAUGAUAGAGAAGACAAGCAAGAAGAAACCGGGUGACAAGGGCUCUUAAGUGACAAACAGUCAACUUGUCUGGCAUAGUUAUUAUUCUUUUUCCUGAUCGAAUGAUACAAUAGUGAGAUUUUUGCUGUUUGGUAUGGAACAGAUUGAUACUUUGAUGGCAAUUCUGUCUGAUGUAGGCUCGCCUGUGUUGUAAUGAAUGUGAGACCGCUCCAGGACAAGGAGUAAUAGGCACAUCCUAUGCAACUUAUUUUCACAAUAAGAACAAGUUGAAAUCAAUUAUCAUUACAGAGCUGCCUGGCUUUCCAAAGUAUCCAGGGCAGAUUUGCCAGUGCAUAUUCCUCUACUUCUCCUAUAGCUGCCACAAGAUUCCCCAUCUCUCAGAUAGCUGCAAAUGUUAACUUGUGACAUCUGAUUCAUUUAAUAAAAGCUUUGCCUUCUACAGAAAGUACCCGCUGUGGGUGUGUGUUGCCUUUACCGUUGAAUAACAAGCUCUACUACUACAAGUUAACCAAUAGGUGUGCAGGAGUCUUUGCAGAGGAGGAGCUGGAAAUUGAGUUCUCUAACCCAUUCCAAAUCUCUCUCAUUUACCAUCUUUAACUAGAGGUGAGCCUGGCAGAAUGCUGUUUUUGGAUAUGAAGACAAACCCGCUGUGUUUGAAAUAAGCUCUUACUAUACAUCUACUCAGAAUAAGAAUUGCAGUUCCACCAAAAUAAAGCAGGGGAAAACCCUUCUAAAAUACUCUAAAGGUGUUACUUUUUUCCUUCACCAGUAUAACUGAGGCAUUUAUGAGUGCAAGCAAGCUUUUGAGCAGACUGCAGACAAUUCAGAAGACUGUGAAUUUCGUUUUUUUUUUUACUUUUUUAAAGAUUUCUUGUUACAUAUCUCCUUGGAUUGUAGCAUUGUGCAGAGUUUGAUGCUGCCACGUGAUCCUGUUGCGUCCUGGUCACUUGCAGUGCCACAGAGCUCCAUGGGAAUGAGGGCUGCCUGCCCAUGUGCCGCCGUGCCUGGAGAAGCACAAAGCAGCACUCCUGCAUCAGCUUCUUGCAGCUUCCAGAAAUCCUCGACUCAGGGAGAGAAAAAAAAAAAGGAGAAAAGAAAAAACAAAGGAAACCUUUGUGUAUGUGCUAAUGUAGAGCUCUGUCUAAAGCUUUGCUGCAGUAAAUCAUUUAGGCCUCAGCUUGACUUUUGGCUUUAAAAAAAAAUCCAACAACCCAUUAAAGAACCUACUGAAACGCUUGCAGGUUGGGCUCUCUGCUUUCCUUCUCCUGUCCCAGCCCAGGUCUCAAAGUUAAUUUAGUUUUGCUUGCUGCCUUGCUGGGGCUUUCCAUUAUACACCCGUCUCCUGGGGAGGAAGGAGCCUGCCCAGCCUGAGCUUCAAGACUGUCUUCUCACAUCGUGCAAGCUGUUUCUUCGAUGUUAGUAUUUUCUCAUUAGUAAUUUCCAUUGCAUCUUUAGUAUCAUGUCUGCUGUGCCUCUUGCACGUGGUGAAACGCCGCCUUCUUCUUGGAAACAGGAGCAGGUGCCCCACAUUCACAGUCACAUUUUUAUUCAGGUUUGUUUGCGGGUGCUCGUUUCUUGAAAUGUGGUGGGAGUAAAUGCCAGACAUUGCUUGCUGUGAAUUUUGGUGCUUUUCAGCUUAAUGCAUUAAUGCUGUAAAUAACAGCAGAGGAGUUUAUCGAAGCUCACGCAGGCUGCUCCCUGGUGAGCCAGCGGUGACUGUGCAGGGUACCUGCAACUGGCAGCAGGAUUUGGCUACUGCAGGUAAAAGAGGAGCUGCCCCACUGACAGCAGCAGCAAAGGACCACAGAGAAGUAAGGCCUGAAUUCUGUUACGCUCUCUGAGCUGCCAGCCACAACCAUGGCAGCAGAAGAUGGGCAGAUCCUCGUAUUUUUCUGAACGUAUAUGAAAAUGAUACAGAAAAAAAACUCUAGGAAGUUAUUGUUCAUAAUGACAAUGCUGAAACGGAUAGUAAGUCUCAUGAUUUAUGGAUUAUCCACUGCUUUAAAUGCAGAUUCUCAAACACUAACGCUGAGGCGUAGUGAUGAAAUAAAUACGUGCGAGCAUUUAUUAAGGAAAGCCUGGGAUAAGACCUAGGUUACUACAGACACAUCAUCGCCUCAGUGCUAAGAUCUGGAUGAGGAGAUUUCCAGCUGUCUUCUACUGCUGCAGAAAUGGUAAGAAAUUACAGCUGUGGCUAUUUUAAAACCACACCUACUCUGUGCUAUGGGACUAUGUGUGCUUAAAACGUACUCAGUAAGGUGGGAGGUAGAGGGAAAUGGGAUUUUUUGUGGAUCGAAGUGCUCCGAAUAGCAGAGAAAAAUACUGCUGCGGUAGAUCCUGUUGUUUCCUCGGGGCCAGAACUGCCACUGCUUAUGAAACGCAGUGCAAAAAAUGUCAGUGUCUUUCUUCUUGAGUAUCCCCUCCCCCCCUGACAGCAGCAGUUCAGAUCCCACACAGCUCCACACAUCUGCAGAGCUCCCUUGGAGCCACUGGGUUUGAGCCACGUAAGCAAUGCCCAAGGCUCUUUCCAGCCUGCAUCCUUAAUUUUCUCUGUCCCAUCCUGCCACAGAGUUAACACCAAGCCUGCUGCUCUUCUCCUGUGUCUGUCCACUUUUUUUAAGAUCAUGAUUGUUUUCUCAAUAUCCAACAUGGGAUACAAAUUUCCUUACCAGUAUGAAAAGUGGGGGAUUAGGAAGUCACCCCACUGACAGCACAGUGCCUCCCACA